CCGAGCGACUCAACUUUCCACACACAUUGCCUCGUCAUGAUUCGUGAUCAAGCCGAAGAAGAGGAAACCCAUCUCUCUCUCUCGAUCUCUCUGUCUCUCUCUGUCGAGAAACUCUCUCAGAGAUGCUAAAAUGGGGUCGUGGGUUGAUUGGAGUGUGGAGUCGUACCCAUCGAACAGAGACUUUGCAGUAGUUCCCUUCUUUGCUCUCUUCUUCCCGUCUGUCCGGCUCUUUCUUGAUACUUUCAUCUUUGAGAAAUCAGCGAGACGGCUGAUUUUUGGAGACAGACAUGCCAAGCUGGAUCUUGAGGCACGUCAUAGGAGGAAAAAGAUUAACAAAUUCAAAGAGUCGGCAUGUGUCUACUUCCUUUCUGCAGAGAUUUUUGCUCUUUCAAUCUCCUAUGACGAGCCUUGGUUCACUAGUACCAAGUACUUCUGGGUUGGCCCUGAGAAUCAAGUUUGGCCAGAUCAGAAGAUCAAGUUGAAGUUGAAGGGACUGUACAUGUAUGCCUCUGGAUUCUAUAUAUACUCCCUUUUUGCCUUGGUUUUCUGGGAAACAAGGAGAUCAGACUUUUUUGUCUCAAUGGGACAUCAUGUGGUAUCUAUCAUCCUCCUUGUCUUAUCAUAUAUGUUCAGGUUUGCUCGUGUUGGUUCAAUUAUCUUGGCACUCCAUGACGUGAGCGAUGUCUUCAUGGAAGUAGCAAAAAUGUCGAAGUACAGUGGCUAUGAGAGGAUUGCUAGCUGUUCUUUUCUUCUUUUUGUACUUGCUUGGACAACCUUUCGCAUCAUCUACUUUCCAUUUUGGAUCCUUAGGAGCACUAGUCAUGAAGUUCUUCUGACUUUGGACAAGGAGCUGCUAGUGGCUCAUGGAUUUAUGUGUUACUACUAUGUGUUCAAUACUCUUCUGUUCUUCUUGCUUGUUAUUAAUAUAUAUUGGUGGUGGUUGUUGUGUGGGAUGCUGGUGAGACAGGUUCGCGCUAGAGGCCAGAUAAGUGAUGAUGUUCGAUCUGAUUCAGAAGGGGAUGAUGACCACACAGAUUGAUGAAGAACCAGAGUUACAUGUAGUAGGUGCUUGGUACUCAUGAUUUUUGGCAUUCUUCCGUGCUUGAAUAGGAAUAACUCCAUUUUGCUGGGGUGCAUUGUUUAUGUUGAAAAACCUUAAACAAGUCAUGUCAAGAUCUCACUAUCUAUUGGUCUCAUUCCUUUCUCUA